GCCUGCCUCGCCUCGACGAUUUUCUUUACCUACGCAUGAACUCAUUCCACCUCUCGCCAUUCUUUGUACCUGUGACUUUUCCCAAGCAUCGCGUAUUGUCUUUCUCUUUAUGUUGCAUACAACGUCCGCCAUCACCUUGCGCAUACUUAUUUACCUCGUACUGUUGAAUACCAUUCAUUGACAACCGAAAAGAAGAGGCAAUAUUCCAUAUUCCUCGCAUCCCUCGACUUUCCACAUCUAACUAAAAAAAAACGUGCCCCGUGCGAACCAGACGAAAUCACUAGUAAAGCCAAACCGCAUCGGAAGAAUCCCAACUUUACCCUCACCGACCAGCUUCAAACUUAUAACACAUGCCUCGGAGCAUCGUCGCACCUCCGUCUCUCUCUUUUGCAUCGACCGAUAUCCUAGACGCCCUGGUGAGCCCAACUCAAGUCUCGCGCCGCGCCGGCGGAAGGGGGUUCGAGGCAUAUGAUGCCUGGUGUCGUCAUGAUGGAGAACGGCGUUCGGGCACCACUAGCCACAAAUCAUGACAGAGAUCACGGACAGUUCGUCAACGGCAAUGGUAACCUCGCACCUCACUCGAACGGUAGUCUCGCCGGAGCUGGAGCUGGAGGCAGCAACGGAGUGAACAAUAUGGCGAAUGGAGACGAGGGCGUCGAGGGCGCGAUCGUAGCGCAAUCACAGAACGCAUCGCGUAUGAAUGACCUUCCUGACGAGAUAAAACACAUUACGCAAGGUUUCGUCCCGUUGGGAGACCUUCUCGCGCGCCUCGCGCAGAAAACCCACAACCAAUUAGUAGACGAAAUUGUCGCCCUGGCUAAGAUGCCGGUGUCAACGCCUGCUAUGAAUGGCAAUUCAGGACAUGUUAGCGGAGCCGUGGACGACAACUCACCCGAAAACAUAAACAAGAAGGUUAGAUUACUGAAUUUCGCUCAGGAGAGACAUACGGAAUGGGUGAAGGCGACGGUGAUUGCGAGAUGGAGUAGGAACGCACAUAACGUCAGCAAGCUUAUCGACUUGUUCAAUCUUUAUCGCGAGCAGCAGAUGAGAUAUAACAACACCGUAGGACUAUUGGCUGCUACUAAAACCUCUCUAGCACACGCACGACUACCGAACCCUGACCUUCGCACUGCUCUUCACGUACUCUCAACCGGCACAGCGCCCUGGAUGCCGGAUCUCAACUACCUCGAUGUGCCCCCCUUAUCUUCUAAAGACAAGCUACAAUGGAUCGAAAAUUUGAAUACGCUGCUUUCGAUCCGUCUUAACUUGGAAGAUUACGACAACAUCCCAUACCACUUCCAGAACUACACCAUUCAUUCUGGUCGCGUCACCUUCAAGGUUCCCGGCGAGUUCGAGGUUGACCUUACCAUAGCCGAUGAGGAUUUUGACAAGCAAUUCUGGUUCAUUGACUUCCGAUUUGACUUUACCCCUGCGCCAACCGAACUGUCGGACGUGUUGAGAAUGCGCCUGGAGAGCAAGGUCAACGAAGUAUUAGAGAAGGAUGGCCUCCAUGGAUGUUACAAGUUCCUCCACGAAUUGGUGUUAACCCAGAAGAUCACCGAGUACGUGCGCCAGGCAUUCGAAAUGAGCAAGGGUCGUUGGGUGGACAUGCUCAAGGUAGAGCGACUCAACCGAGCUAUGUCUAUUCAAUAUUGGGUCGGUCGCUACCAGCCAGAAGGUCCAAAGAGCUGGAUUAUUUUAGGCGUCAACAGCGGCAAGAAGGGAAAUGGUCUUGAGAGUCCGGACUCAUCGAGCUAUCUUACCUUGCGUUGGUUCAGAGACAAUCGGGAAGUGAAGGAAUUCGAUAUCCCAUUUGACGAUGCCAAUAUUUCAACGGAGGACCUCUUACUUCGAGCUAUUAGUAAACACGUUGAAUAUAUUCUCACGUCAAUCCACUCUAAGCUAAAACCAAACGGACGAUUCACCAAGAGGGAAGCCGGCCUCAUUUUAGACGUCCCGACCGACCCCUCGACGCAGCCAACGCUCAAGAUGCAGUUAAGUCACAGUCAUUAUGUGACUGUCGGUAUCAACCCCACCUCUGGAAUGUUCUCGAUGAAGCCGCAGUCUCCUUUGACUUGGAAAGCAGAGCACAAGCUGAAUUACGGCUCGAAAGAUCCUAUACAAGAUAGCGUUCCCUAUCUAGAGACUCUGAGAUGUCAUCACGUGGUGGAGGAAAUCAUCCGACGUGGGAAGAGCGCGGGCUGGGGCGUUUGCAAAGGGCCUGUGAAACCAGAAAUAGUGAAGGGGGUCUUGACCGGGCGUGAGACGGGCCAAUUCAUAUGGCUCAGGCGACGUGGCUGGCCAGACCAAUGGCAUUUGAUGGUCAACCUGAGCUUGAGCGGUGACAAAUGGUAUUUGAUGGAAGUCAAUUCUCACCCUAACGGGGAGGGUCGAAUCGCAUCGCACACCAAGCUAUUGCUCAGCUCUUCUGCGCCAAAUCUAGAGGAUAGAUUCUUCUCUAACUUGACCACAUUCACUGCUGCUAUGAUAUCGCACCUUACUGAUCUGAAAGCUCUACACAAGCGACGGAUAAAGCAGGUUUCGCACAUUGGGGUUAAUUACGCUCUUCCCGCGAAUAUGAAGGUACCCUCUAUCUUCAUUAAGCUUUCCGACAUCUUGAGACAGCCGCAAUCAGAUCAACCGGAAAAGCGAGUCGCACGCUGGGCACAUGAUUUCGUAGAGAUUACCUUUAGGGGCAUGCGCACAUUAUCUACGCAUCCGCAUAUACCGAGUGGCGAGAAAACCGACGCCAACGAGACUGAAGGAAGCACAGAACAACCCAAGGAGUUAUUACGGGCGUUCUUGGACGCCCGACUUAAGGUGUCCGACCCGGAUAGGUUUGGGCUCCUCAAGGGUCAUGUUGAACGCGAUGUGGCAUUUAAUAAGGCCAUUGGAGUAUUCGCGCUGCGCUUAGAAGCAAACGUUGGAAGCAGCAUAUUAGACACACUUACGAAUCGCCUGAAAGCUAUCGACAAACUGGCAGACUGCAUAGACGCCAUACGCAGAAGCGAUAGGGAUAUCCAAUGCGAAGAAAUCACCCUUAACAAGGUUGUGAUUACGUAUACCGAUCGGCAGAAGUCGGAUGGUGGCGCGACGAUCCAACCCCGUGGCGAUCGUUGGAAGGCGACGUUGGAACUGGGCCGAGAGAAGAUCGAACUCAAGCUCGGGCAAGGCAACCCGCAGCUACGCGCUCUCGACCAUUUCCGGCACCUCAUCAACUCACACCUCCGCUGCGGAAAACUGCCAUUUUACUUAUCGAGCACCCUACCCAUCCACCGUGCUCUAGACUCGGUCGAAGAUGCUUGGGAGGACCUCGCAAUGAAUAAUCGAGGCCGAGUUGAAAUCUUCGCACCUCACUUAGAUUGGUUUAAUAUCCGAUACCAUCUUCCCGGCCUAAACAGAACCCCCCAGGUCUCGCGGCGUCUGACGCUACAAGUUCGACUUCAAAAUCGCCGCGAGGGCGUUGAGUGGGAAAUAACCCGUGUGGAACCCGGCAGAACACCGAAACCGGACGACGAGUUCAAGCAAGUGCUUGACAAGGUUUACAAUGCCGAUGGCAAGGCGUGGAGGUCCCUAGGCGACUCAGCUUCGAGCAAGAUGGAUCAUCGUGUAGGGGAGUUGAUCAAGGCCGUCGACGAGGCAGUAAGGCGGCUCGCAAUGCAGUCACCGACGGUGGUGAAGCAGAAUCAGCCUAGGACGCAAGUGCAACCAAGAAGCCAAGCUCAGGCCGUGUAUCAUAAGGCGAUGGCGGCUAGCAGGGCUCGACCACAGGCGGGGCAAGUGGUGGUUCUGGAUGAUUAGGAAUAAGCUGUUGGCGCAGGGAGGGCGACAGGUAUACGACGAAAAAAAAAGAGAGGCUCAAGAGAGAAUGCGAUGUUGUAAGUUGGGGAUGUCGGUCAUACUUGAGAUACCCUUAGGAAACAGGAUAAGCUGGGCGAACGGGGAGAAAAUAACCUCCAUUUGCCUACAACGAUGAAGGCUGCGAUGAACGUAUUAGUAAUGAUAUCUUUGUCAAGGCUGUUUUUUGGUCGCCCAGUUGCUCCGCAGUGCUGGGCGUGUGUGCUAUCAUUGUGGAUACGUCGAAAGGCUCGUCUAGCUAUCAAACACGGGAAAGAGAUAGCUAAUACAUAAAUAUUAAAUCCCUAUAUAACACUUAUCAAAGGGGGGGGG